CAGCCCUGGAGGCCUUAGGCCCAGGAUGGUGUAGAACUGGUCUGCUCAAGGCCCCGGACUGCAAAUCAGCCGGUCCACGGGAAGUGGAGAAGGUGGUGUCAUUUUAUCGCGCGAGCCACAAAUUCAGCAGCUGCAUGUGACUUCAUCACUGGACUAACUGGUAUGGUAAGUGUGUGUGUGUGUGUGUGUGUGUGUGUGUGUGUGUGUGUGUGUGUGUGUGUGUGUGUGUGUGUGUGUGUGUGUGUGUGUGUGUGUGUGUGUGUGUGUGUUUUGUGUGUGUGUGUGUGUGUGUGUGUGUGUGUUUCCCAGGGUGCAGCGCACGGACAAGAAGGUGGACACACUCAGGACGAGGAUGGCAGCCACCUUCCAGACUGGGAGAUAGUGGAGGAAACUUAGUGUGCACGCAGUUUGCCACACUUUUGACUGUCUGGAGGGAAAUUGAGUCAACAGCACAGGGGGUAAAGAGGAUGGAAUAAAUGCGCGUGCAUUUCCAGGGAGGCAUACCCCAUCUGAAGCUGACACAUGGCGUCCCAGGAGAGCCAUUUGACAGCCAUACUCCUGAUCUCCAUCUUGGCGGCGGUCCUGGGCUCACUGCAGGUGGGCUACCACACGGGGAACGUCAACGCCCCGGCCAAGAUCAUUGAGGCCUUCUUCAAUGAAACCUGGACAGACCGACACAACCAAACCAUUUCAGACCACAGCCUGACCCUCCUGUGGUCGCUGUCGGUCAGCAUCAAGGACUUCGGAGCCCUGUUGGGCUCGCUGGGAGUCAAAUAUCUGGCAGACUCAUUUGGAAGGCGUAACUCCAUCCUGAUAUGCAAUGGUCUGUCCGUGGUGGGAGCGUGCCUGAUGGUCAUCUCCAAAGCCAUCGAAUCAUUUGAGGCUCUCAUCCUGGGAAGACUGUUGUUUGGUCUCUUCUGCGGCCUGGUGAUGAGUCUCAAUCCACUCUACAUCCAGGAAGUGUCCCCCACCGCCCUGAGAGGGGCUUUUGCAACACUCAACCAGGUGGCCUACGCUUCAGGGAUCCUGCUGGGCAUGGUGGCCGGACUGGAGACAAUGUUGGGGACGACGGACCUCUGGGACAUGAUGUUGUCCCUGUCUUUGAUCCCGGCACUGGCACAGUUCCUCAUCCUGCCUUUUUGCCCCGAGAGUCCUCGGUUUCUGCUCCUCAACCAGGGAGAGGACAGCAAGGCGGAUGCUGCGCUACUCAAGCUGAGGGGGAACCCUGAGCGGGUGCUGGCCGAGCUGGAGGAGAUGAAAGCAGAAGCCGCACACAUCCAGCACCGUGUCUCCGUCUACGACUUCAUCAAGAAGAGAAGUUACAGGCAGCCCAUCAUCAUCGUCCUCUUUGUCAACUUGAGCAGCCAGCUGUCCGGGUUCAACGCGAUCGUCAAUUAUUCCACCACAAUGUUCCAAGCCAAGUUCGACGAGGCCAAGUACCUGACUCUGGGUGUGGGGGCCGUCAACGUCUUUUUCACUUUGGUGGCGUUUUUCCUGAUGGAAAAGGCCGGGAGAAGGAAGCUGCUCCUGACUGGUUUCAUCUGCAUCGCCAUGUGCAACGUGCUCUUGACUGUGGUGGAUUCUGUAGUGCACCUGGUCCCAGAGAUGGCGACCCUGCAGGUCCUGCUGGUGUUCUGCCUGAUCUCAGCCUACGAGCUGGGUCCCGGCCCAAUCUCCUGGUUCAUCGCUGCCGAGCUGUUCGAUCAGCCUGGCAGACCCCUCGCCAUGGCCUUCGCCAGCAUGUUGAACUGGGGGGGGAAGUUUGUCCUGGCGCUCCUCUUUCCUCCCGUCUUGCAACUCAUUGGCGGAUACACCUACCUCAUCUUCAUGGUCGUGGCUCUGGUCGGCUUCACUUUUACCUGGUUCCGACUUCCCGAGACCAAGGGCCGCACGUUCGACGAGAUCAUGGAGAAGUUCCGGGAGGCGCAGAGCCUUCCAUUGCAGACUAAAAACGGUUUCAACACCUUCAACUAAAAAACGAACCCUUUUGCGCCUUCCAGAAAUGUGUCCGUGUAGUCUCUUCACUCCGUCUCUCUGUCAACAAUUCCACAAUGUGGGCCACUGGUGUGAGUAUUCUGUACAUACCUAUAAACUAG